GCCGCGCUCGGGGGCCCGGGCGGUGACUGACGGCGGCGGCGGCGGUGGUGGCGGCUCCAGGCGAGCGCGGUCCCCGCGUGCGCACACGCACACGCCGCCGCGCAAGGACCGCGGACACCGGCCGCCGGCGGACACACGGACGCGGAGAGGCGGGCUCAGCGCGCGCUCCUCGGCGCACUCGCUCCCCAUCCUCGGGCGGCGCGGGGCGCGGACUCUCCGCUGUGCACCCUCCCCGCGGAGUGUGCCCCGGGCCGCCCCGCAGCCCGUAGCCCCGCGGCGAGGCCCGGCUGUGAGCAGGGUCUGCUUGAUGGAUGCUGGGUUGCUUCUUUUUCUGCUGUGGAUGCUAUUUUAAGUGAUGCUGCAGUGACUGCCGUUGCACGUGCUUUUUUUCGGACAAGUGCAAGUAUUUCUCGCCCAUAGACACCGUGGGGCUGGCGAGUGGCUGCUCUGAGCGGGAGGCAAGCAUAGCUGGCCUGAGUCUCCGUCCGGACUGAGAAGAAUCAUGGCCAGCAUCUUGCAAGCCUCCCUGGCUGCUUUCCUCCUGCUGCCUAUGGCCACCGCCAUGCACUCUGACUGCAUCUUCAAGAAGGAGCAAGCCAUGUGCCUGGAGAAGAUCCAGAGGGCGAAUGACCUGAUGGGCUUGAACGACUCCUCCCCAGGCUGCCCUGGGAUGUGGGACAACCUCACGUGUUGGAAGCCUGCCCACGUGGGUGAGAUUGUCCUGGUCAGCUGCCCUGAAUUCUUCCGAAUCUUCAACCCAGACCAAGUGUGGAAGCUAGAAACCUUUGGAGAGUUCGAUUUCCCUGACAGUAACUCCUUGGAUCUCUCAGACAUGAGGGUGGUGAGCCGGAACUGCACAGAGGAUGGAUGGUCAGAGCCCUUCCCUCAUUACGUAGAUGCUUGUGGGUUUGAUGACUAUGAUGAGUAUGAGCCCGGGGACCAGGAUUAUUACUACUUGUCCGUCAAGGCCCUGUACACAGUUGGUUACAGCACAUCCCUUGUCACCCUCACCACUGCCAUGGUCAUCCUUUGUCGUUUCCGGAAGCUGCACUGCACCCGCAAUUUCAUCCACAUGAACCUGUUUGUGUCGUUCAUGCUGAGGGCCAUCUCUGUCUUCAUCAAAGACUGGAUCCUCUACGCAGAGCAGGACAGCAACCACUGCUUCAUCUCCACCGUGGAAUGCAAGGCUAUAAUGGUUUUCUUCCACUACUGUGUCGUGUCAAAUUACUUCUGGCUGUUCAUCGAGGGUCUGUACCUCUUCACCCUGCUAGUGGAGACCUUCUUUCCUGAGAGGAGAUACUUCUACUGGUACACCAUCAUAGGCUGGGGGACACCAACUGUGUGUGUGUCUGUGUGGGCUAUGCUGAGGCUCUACUUCGAUGACACAGGCUGCUGGGAUAUGAAUGACAACACAGCUCUGUGGUGGGUGAUCAAAGGCCCUGUGGUUGGCUCCAUAAUGGUUAACUUUGUUCUCUUCAUUGGCAUCAUCGUUAUCCUUGUGCAAAAACUUCAGUCUCCGGACAUGGGAGGCAAUGAGUCCAGCAUCUACUUAACAAAUUUAAGCCUGAGAGUCCCCAAGAAAGCCCGAGAGGACCCCCUGCCUGUGCCCUCAGACCAGCAUUCACUCCCUUUCCUCAGCUGCGUGCAGAAAUGCUACUGCAAGCCACAGCGGGCUCAGCAGCACUCCUGCAAGAUGUCAGAACUGUCCACCAUAACUCUACGGCUAGCCCGGUCCACCCUGCUGCUCAUCCCACUGUUUGGAAUCCACUAUACGGUAUUCGCCUUCUCCCCGGAGAAUGUCAGCAAGAGGGAGAGACUUGUGUUUGAGCUGGGGCUGGGCUCCUUCCAGGGCUUUGUGGUAGCUGUUCUCUACUGUUUUCUGAAUGGGGAGGUGCAGGCGGAGAUCAAGCGUAAGUGGCGGAGCUGGAAGGUGAACCGCUACUUCACCGUGGACUUCAAGCACCGGCACCCGUCCCUGGCCAGCAGCGGGGUGAACGGGGGCACCCAACUCUCCAUCCUGAGCAAGAGCAGCUCCCAGAUCCGCAUGUCCGGACUCCCGGCUGACAACCUGGCCACAUGAGCCCGUCCUCCCCUCCUUCUCUCCUCCAUACACAGGCUGGGGCUGCAGGCGGGCGCCGGCCCACGCAUGUUCAGCUUCUUUUCUCACUUCGGGCAGGCCCUGGGCUGGAGGCCGGGCUCCCCGAGGUGGGAGAAGGAUGCAGGGCGGACCCGGGUAUUGCCCCUCCCCAUCUGACACUGUCCCCCCAACCCCAUGGGCCCCUGGGCCCUGAUCCCAACCUGUAAAUACUCCACCAAUUUUGAAAAGUCAUCUUAUCCCCACCCCUUGACCCCCUGUCCCUGCUCACCUCAGGCAAGUCCCCAGCUUCACCCUAUCUUGUUUCCACCAGCCUUAGUGAUCUCCUUGCCCUUGUGAAUGAGGCCUUGUGAGCUGAGGCUGACCACCUUGUUUUGGGG